GGGAACAGUGAACUGUGCUGCAGGUGUGGCUGCACCCUAGCUUCCAGCCUCCCUGCCCCCCCCCAUGCCAGGGCAGGCAGACUGCACUGCAAGAGAGACUUUUAAGUUCCUCAAGCAGGUCUAUACAAUCUGCAUGCUGGGAGAAUUGCAACCAUUUAAAAGAACAAGUUUAGCAUUCAAAACAAUUUUGACAAAUUUGAAUAAUGGUCUGAAAUAAACAGGAUGCAGUUUGAUGAGGACAAGUACAAAGACCUCUGCAAAUGCAAAGAGUGGCUUGAAUGGCUCGGCUCAGUUUUGCAGUUUGUUUCAGAUCCUUGUGCCAGCAACCCAUGUCACCAUGGUAACUGCAGCAAAAGUGGAGAUGGCUAUCUCUGUAUUUGCGAUGAAGGUUAUGAAGGAACAAACUGUAAACAUUCAUUUCACAGUCCUCCAGUCUCUGGAUGGACAGAGUCACUGGCACCAAGACAGAUCCGGCCAGUUUCAUCAACUUUGGAACCUGACAUUAUUUUACCACAUUCAAGAGCGACCAUGACAUUACCUACAUGGCAGCCAAAAGCAGGACAGAAAGUUGUAGAUCUGAAAUGGGAUGAAAUAAAGAUAAUACCAGACGUGGCUUGUGGAAAUGCCAGUUCUAACAACUCUGCUGGAGGUCGGCUUAUCACCUUUGAAGUUCCCCAGAACACAUCAAUCAAAAUAAAGCAAGAUGCCACAGCUUCUCUUAUCUUGUUAUGGAAAGUUACAACAACUGGAUUUAAACAGUGCUCACUUAUAGAAGGCAGAAGUGUUACUCUCCUCCAGGCACUGGGUGGACUCGUUCUUUCUGAGGAAAUACUCACACUAGGAAACAACUACUUUAUUGGUUUUUUGAAUGAUUCAGUUAGUAAAUGCAUUGUGGCUUUACGCUUAACUGUCGUAGUAAAAGUGAGCACCUGUAUGUCAGCGGAAAGCCACUCAGAUGACAUUCAGUGUUCGGGGAAAGGAAAAUGUAUCACAAGACCAUCUGAGGCAACUUUUUUCUGUGACUGUGAAGAUCAAUACCUGGGUGCUUUCUGCGAAGAAUUUAAUGCAUGUCAAAGUGGGCCUUGCCAGAACAAUGGUACUUGCACUGAUAUAACACAAAAACAUGAUUGGAAAAAUUUCACCUGCACUUGUCCUACUGGUUAUACUGGAGAGCUAUGUCAGUCAGAGAUUGAUCACUGCAGCCCACAGCCAUGCAGAAAUGGGGGUACCUGCUUUUCUAAUGCCAGUGGAUUCAACUGUCGGUGUCCAGAAG